GUCCUGAGAGACGUUCAGACAGAAGGGAAGUGGGAGAGUCACCAGCUCUUUCGGCCCGCCCACCACAUUUCUUGGUUGCCACGACUCAGAGUUCUGACCUGCCCUACAGUCGGUCACACUCACAGUGGGAUUCCGAUGAUGAGAUGAUGGAUGCAAUCUACUCCCGUGACAUCAUUUUACCAUCACCGAAAAAGCCACAAGAUCUUAUUGGUGGCUCACCUCCCAUGUCCACAGAAUUGAGAACUUUGUCCACUAAAGGUUGUGAUGGAUCUACAUUAGAUUCUGCUGGUUUAAACAACAGUGGAGGUGGUGCUUCAUCGUCAGGAGCUAGUACACGGCUGCAUUGCUUAUCAUUCCUUGAACCAGAACCUGAAGCUGUAUCAGAUAGUUUACUGCCUGCAACAUCUGCUCGACAUGUUGCCUCCGGUCACUCGACACACUCAGCCAUCUCUGUCUCAGGGCACAGUCAGCGAGACACCUCAAAUAUUGUCAACACGCUGUUAGCUAAUCCGCCCUCCACUGCUGUCAUCCACAACUCCAGCUGUGCUGUCAAAAAUAAUGAUACUGGGGGUGAAAUAGACUCUGUUUCUUCUCCAUCUACGAGCAGUAGAAGCCAGGCAGGUGAAAGGAGCUCGGAUAAUGUACCAGGCUUGUGGAGUGAUUGGUUACAGGAUAUCCGCCAGCAGGGUCUGGGUGUAGACUCUUCGUCCCUUCCUGGCGACAACAUGGCUGAAGAUGUCAGUGCUGGAGAGAGGUGCAGCAUCAACAGUGGUGCAGCGGCUGUGAGACUUUCCGCUGAUUCCUCAGCUCAUACUGCCAGGACCUCUACCAGUUCUGAUGAUAGUGAUGUGGAAGUUGUCCUGGUGGAACCAAGCCGUGCAACGGUUGUUGUGGAUUUGACAGAGUCUGAUGAGGAGCACAUGGCUUCGGUACUGGAUGAACACAAUUCCUCUGGGACAUCAACCAGCGGAUCUGAUCAGUCACAAGAGAUCAGAGAAAACGAGAACCCAUCAGCUUCAUGUUUGUCUUCUCCAAUGUACAGACAGACAUCUUUCUUGCAGAACAGGAGCCCAAGAGUUCUACACGUGAGAUGUCUAAACUAUGUACUGUUGCAGGUGCCAGAGUCUCGGCGCUGGAGUGAUGGAGAUUCUGAUCAGCACCCUUCAUGCCGUCACAGGAGGUGUCCCCCGGACAACAGAUCCACUGAUCCACACAAUGUUGCCAGAGGUUGUGGUCACUGUGGCUGCGCGGGAUGUGACAUUUUGCUGGUGAGUUAUAGAUGUUUUCGUCUUCUUGACACAAACCCAGCUUCAAGUGAACAGCUUCACUACCAUACACAGCGCCAGCCACCCAUGCACCAUCAUCACUAUCAUCAUCAUCUUUACCAUCCACGGCCUUCGAGCUUUUCCUACUACCCGGAUCCGUUUGGGUUGCAGUCG